GAGCUUCAUCCAUCACUGGGUGGAGGCGGCUGGUGCUGGUAACAUGGAUGACGGUGGGUCUGGUGUUGAGCAGAAGCUACCAGGGAGACCUCAUGUCCGGCCUGGCCGUCAGGUACAUCCGGCAGCCCUUCCAGACCAUACAAGACGUCCUCGACCAUCCUUCCGUAACAAUGUUGUGGCAGACAAACUCCACCAACGUUCAGUACUUUCGUUCUGUGAAGUCCGGCAUGUUCCACGAGGUGGCGGAGGCGGAGACCAAGGGUCGCAUUAAGUACAAGCUGUUGUCGGAGUUCCGUCAGGCCAUCAACACGCUAGUGAGGCGGGGCGACCACGUCCUCAUGGACCUGGAGAUCGUCAUAACUAUGUUCAUCGGACUGGACUUCUCUCACACAGGGCGCUGUGACUUCUACUCCUCAAGAGAGAGGUUCCUGCCGAUGACGUUGUCUCUGAUCGGUCAGAGGAACAGUCCUCUCGUCCCAGCCCUCAGUAAGAGGAUCGUGUCGCUGACGGAGGCCGGGUUGUAUGACCAGUGGUUCAAGGACACGGUUACCAAUAGUACGAAGUGUGCUCAUCCCGCCACCAGGAUCACCGUCAGCACCACGCUCUCCCUCACCAACCUCUGGGGCAUGUUCGUUGUUCUCGUGGGCGGCCAUGUUGUGGCUGGGAUUGUUCUCUGCCUCGAGGUCCUCUCGCAAAUCUCUUGUUCGAAGUGAUCAAUCAGCGCUGUGCCUGGAAAUUUUCAGUCAACACUUAGUCUCCAAGUCAGCAGUCAACACUGUGUCUUCAGGUCAGCAGUCAACACUGUAUCUCCAGGUCAUCAGUCAACACACUCGCUAGGUCCGCAGUCAACACAUUUACCUUUUAGGGUUUCUAUUGGCCUUGAGAGAUGAGACUGUUUGAUCUCAGACUUG